UUUUUUUUCUCUUUAUCCCCAACAAUACGUUGGUUCUCAAAAGUUUGUGCUUUUAGUCCUGAGGCUGCUGAAAGAUCUCUUGUUGAAACCAAACGAGGAGCUCUGUGCUUCUGUUAUCUCUGUCGGGUUGUUCUUGUGAAGCACUGAUUCAUGAAGUUUCAGUCAGUCUUGGGGAUUAAGAUUGCUCUGUCAGGGUUUCAAUUGCAAGGGUAAGGGUAAGGGGCUUAGAGCCUUUGAGAAAUCAUCUCUAUGGAUCAACAGCUGGGUGAUGUUUCCAGUUCCAUGAAUGGAGGAAUUGGGUACGACCUGUUGGACAGGCUUAGCCUCCUGGACACAGUCAUAGAUGAGAAUCAAAGUCGUUACCGAAAGGUUCCUUCUUUGCCGCCCGAACGCGGCCUGGCGGGUUCUGCUAGGGAGUCCGUUGAGGACUACGACUUCAGCGAUGUGGUCCUCAAGUACAUUAGCCAGAUGCUCAUGGAAGAAGACAUAGAGGGGAAGACGUGCAUGUUCCAGGAAUCAGCGGCGCUGCUGGCCGCCGAGAAAUCGCUUUAUGAGGUUAUCGGGAAGAAGUACCCGCCUUCUCCGGAUCACCAUCCAGUGUCUGUCGAAUCAAGCCUUGGGAGCCCCGAUGAGACCAGUGCAUGUAGUUGUAUCACUGCCAACAUUGGCAACACGGUGGAUCGGAACAAUGAUUCACAUGGGCCUGAGAGUUCAUCCACCGCAUCCCAAUCUGUGGCCGACUUCUCGUCAUCCUAUGGAUUUGCAGACUCUCCGAUGAGCACCCUUCAGUUACCCCAGAUUUUCACGGAUAGCCAGUCGAUGUCUCAGUUCAUGAAAGGUUUUGAGGAGGCAAGUAAGUUCCUCCCUGAUGAUAGUAGUCUGAUUCUUGGUUCCACAAGCAACGGACAGUCUGAUAAGAAUAGCAAUCCAAAUAAUUUCUCUUCCAAUGGAUCGAGGGGAAAGAAGAAUCCUCACCCUGAUGCUGCAGACCAUGGAGAAUCAAGAAGUCACAAGCAAUCGGCUUUAUCUAGUCAAUCAACGGUUAGUUCAGAAAUGUUCGAUAUGGUGUUGCUAGGCUGUGGAGGAGGAGAUGCUGCUCUUCGAGAAUCUCUCCAGAGUGCUCAGCAUCAGGAUGGGAAAAUUAAAGGACCGAAUGAGGGGAAAUCUCGCAGGAAGAAGCAAGGGCGGAAACGAGAUGUUGUGGACAUGAGGACCCUCUUGACCAUCUGUGCCCAGGCCAUAGCAGCGAAUGAUCGGAGGAGUGCGAAUGAUCUGCUGGGCCAAAUUAGGCGGCACUCUUCCCCGACCGGGGAUGGGAUGCAGAGGAUGGCCCACUACUUCGCAGAUGGCCUUGAGGCCCGCUUGGCAGGUGCAGGGACCAAAAUAUAUAAGGCUCUAAUGGCCAAUCUGCCCAGUGCUGCCGAUGUCCUGAAAGCCUACCAUCUGUAUCUUACCAUAUGCCCGUUCCGGAAGAUCUCGAACUUCUUCUCAAACAAGACGAUCAUGAACAUGGCCGAGAAAGCGACAAAGCUCCAUAUUGUGGACUUCGGAAUCAUGUAUGGGUUCCAGUGGCCCUGCCUCAUACAGCGUCUCUCCUCCCGGCCUGGUGGACCUCCAAAGCUUCGGAUCACAGGCAUUGAUCUUCCACAACCUGGGUUCCGGCCAGCUGACCGUGUUGAGGAGACGGGUCGGCGUCUCGAUAAUUAUGCUAAGACCUUUGGUGUUCCUUUUGAGUUCAAAGCGAUAGCCCAGCGAUGGGAAACUAUCCUGCUUGAGGAUUUAAGGAUUGAGCCUGACGAGGUUCUUGUCGUGAACUGCAUGUUCAGGUUGAGGAAUCUUCUUGAUGAUACGGUAAUGGUGGAUAACCCGAGGGAUAUAGUGCUGGAAUUGAUCAAGAAGAUGAACCCUAACGUCUUUGUCCUGGGGAUUGUGAAUGGGGCCUACAGUGCCCCAUUCUUCAUCACGAGAUUCCGAGAGGCUCUGUUCCACUACUCCACAGUCUUUGACACGCUCGAAGCAAAUGUGCCACGAGAUAUCCCUGAGAGGAUACUGAUCGAGAAUAAGAUUUUUGGACGAGAAGUAAUGAAUGUGAUUGCAUGUGAGGGAGCAGAGAGGAUUGAGAGGCCCGAGACUUACAAGCAGUGCCAGGUGAGGGCACAUAGGGCGGGGUUCAGUCAGCUUCCAUUGGAUGAGGAGAUUGUGGACAUGGCCAAGAACAGAGUGAAGUCUUACUAUCAUAAGGACUUUGAGAUCAAUGAAGAUGGGCGGUGGCUUCUGCAGGGGUGGAAAGGCCGCAUCCUUUAUGCUCUCUCAACUUGGAAACCUGCUUGUUGAAUAGAGCGAGUUCCUUAUGGAUGCAAGGAUGAAACCUGACCGCUUUUUGUCCAGUAUCAUUUUGGGAUGCUGAUGGAUAGAGGAAAGUUCAGGGAGAUAAUGGGGCUAUUAUUAAUAACUGCGGAUACAGUAAGGCUGCAAGGAAGUUGCUCAUGAACCUGUAUUAUGGACAGGUAAUGCCAUAGAAUGGAAAAGGCAACAUCAUGAACGAUUAUUGUGCUCAUUUGAAAUGGAACUGAUGAUGGCAACUGGCCUUUCGUGCCUGAACCCUUCCUCCACCACCACGAAUCACCGGAGAAAUUAGAAUAUACCUCUUAAAAUAGCAUGCAGUUUUUGUUUGAACACUCGCAAGUGGAGAAAGAUGGGGACCCACUUGGUAUAGCAGCAAUCUGAUGUAACCCUGAACAGCAGAGCCAUAAUGCUGAAUAUUUCGUAAGAUUUAGUUGAUUGCUUGGUGUAGCAGCAGAUCGGUUUAACCCCGAUUAGCAUAGCCACUGUCCUGACCAUUACAUAUGAUAUAGUUGAUUGUUGGACCAAUUUUAAGUUACGAGGUCUUUCGUCGAACAGUUCCCAGCAUUCCAUUGAAACUGCGUAUAUGUUGAUGUACAUACCCAUUGUUUAAUCAGUAAGGCAUGAGGGAAGGUCAAAGUUUCAAAGCUUAGAAAAUGGGCAGCUCAUCCUAA